AUGGCUGCACCCUCGCCGCCUCUCGCCGCCGCAGCCGGAGAAAAGAAACACUGGUGGCUCACCAAUAAAAAGAUGGUGGAGAAAUACGUGCGGGAAGCGAGGACGCUCCUCGCCACACAGGAUCACGGCGACGUAGCGGCGGCGCUGCGCCUUCUGGAAGCCGCCCUGGCCCUGUCGCCGCGCAUGGAGGUGGCGCUGGAGCUGAAGGCCCACUCCCUGCUCCACCUCCGGCGGUUCGCCGAGGUGGCCAACAUGCUCCAGGACUACAUCCCUAGCCUCAAAAUGGCCGUCACCUCUGACGACACGUCAUCGUCUUCUUCCGGAUCUUUUUCCGACACCUCCUCAAACCGCCUCCUCUCCGCCGGCGGUUCCGAGCCGGCGUUCAAAUGCUUCUCCGUCUCCGAUCUGAAAAGGAAGGUCGUGUCUGGUUUGUUCCCAAACGGCGAAAGGAAAGGUCAAUGGAGGUACUCAGUAUUGGGCCAGGCAUGCUGCCACCUAGGACUAAUGGAUGACGCCAUGGUCCUCCUCCAGACCGGAAAACGCCUCGCCGCCGCCGCAUCUCGCCGCAAAAGCGUCCACCUCUCCGACGACGCCUUCUCUCUGAACNCCACCCAACGCCCCCUCCCACCACCUCCUCUCCCACAAGCUAUCCGCCAUUUCUCCAAGAUCCUCGACGGCCGCCGUGGCGCCCCUUACCCAUUCCUCGCCGGAUGCUACGUCCGCCGCGCCGCCGCCUACCAGUCGGCCGGCCGCCUGGCCGACGCCUUCGCCGACUGCAACCGCGCCCUGGCCCUCGACUCCUCCUCCACCGAAGCCCUCUCCGCCAGAGCCGCCCUGUUCGAGUCAAUCCGGUGCCUGCCGGACAGCCUCCACGACCUCGAACACCUGAAGCUUCUCUACAACACAAUCCUUCGCGACCGGAAGCUUCCUGGCCCCGCCUGGAGGCCGCCGGCCGUCCACUACCGGGAGAUUCCGGGGAGGCUUUGCUCCCUUGCCGCCAAAAUCCAGCAACUGAAGCAGAGAGUAGCUGCCGGAGAGAAAAGCAGUGACGUAGAUUACCACGCGUUGAUCGGAAUCAGGAGAGGCUGCUCGAGGUCCGAACUCGAACGGGCCCACCUCCUUCUGACACUAAAGCACAAGCCGGAAAAAUCUUCGGCUUUUAUCGACAAGUCUGAGUUUGUGGACGAGAAGGACGUGGUUGAAAUUCGGGACCGUGCGAAAAUGUCGGCUUUGGUGUUGUACAGAUUGCUUCAAAAGGGGUACCGCUGUGUGAUGGCGGUGGUUUUGGAAGAAGAGGUGGCCGAAAAACAGAGGAAGAAAAGUGGCAAUAGCAAUGCUAUUGCCACACCACCGGCAUCGGUUUUUCAAGGAGCGUUUUGCAGGGAGCUAGCGGCGGUAGGGAAUUUGCUUUCUCAAUCGGGGUAUAAUUGUCCGAUUAUUCCGGUGAAGUAUGAAGGGUUGAGUUGUUGA